UUAACUGGACAUUGUUUCUCCUCUCUAGGAAGGAGGUGGAAGUCAUCAUAAAGUUUCUGUCUCCCCUGUUGUGCAUGUCCGAGGGCUCUGUGAGUCGGUGGUGGAAGCCGACCUUGUGGAGGCGCUGGAGAAAUUUGGGACAAUAUGCUACGUGAUGAUGAUGCCGUUUAAACGACAGGCUCUAGUGGAGUUUGAAAAUGUAGACAGUGCCAAAGAGUGUGUGACAUUUGCUGCAGAUGAGCCUGUGUACAUUGCUGGCCAGCAGGCUUUCUUCAACUAUUCUACAAGUAAAAGAAUCACUCGGCCAGGAAACACUGAUGAUCCCUCAGGGGGCAACAAAGUUCUCCUGCUCUCCAUUCAGAAUCCUCUUUAUCCAAUCACAGUGGAUGUUCUAUAUACAGUAUGCAACCCUGUUGGAAAAGUACAACGUAUUGUUAUAUUCAAGAGAAAUGGGAUACAAGCAAUGGUUGAGUUUGAGUCGGUCCUUUGUGCCCAAAAAGCUAAAGCAGCACUCAAUGGAGCUGAUAUAUAUGCCGGAUGUUGCACACUAAAAAUUGAAUAUGCAAGGCCAACUCGUCUAAAUGUGAUUAGGAAUGACAAUGACAGUUGGGACUACACUAAGCCUUAUUUGGGAAGACGAGAUAGAGGAAAGGGUCGCCAGAGACAAGCCAUUUUGGGAGAUCAUCCUUCUUCGUUUAGACAUGAUGGCUAUGGAUCGCAUGGUCCAUUGUUGCCUUUACCAAGUCGUUACAGAAUGGGCUCUAGAGAUACACCUGAACUUGUUGCUUAUCCAUUACCUCAAGCUUCUUCCUCUUACAUGCACGGAGGAAGUCCCUCUGGCUCCGUUGUAAUGGUUAGUGGAUUACACCAGCUCAAAAUGAAUUGUUCAAGAGUCUUCAACCUGUUCUGCUUGUAUGGAAAUAUCGAAAAGGUAAAAUUUAUGAAGACCAUUCCUGGCACAGCACUUGUAGAAAUGGGUGACGAGUAUGCUGUAGAAAGAGCCGUCACACACCUUAAUAAUGUCAAACUCUUUGGGAAAAGACUUAAUGUUUGUGUAUCUAAACAACAUUCAGUUGUUCCAAGUCAAAUAUUUGAGCUGGAGGAUGGUACAAGUAGCUACAAAGAUUUUGCAAUGAGUAAAAAUAAUCGCUUUACAAGUGCUGGCCAAGCAUCUAAGAAUAUAAUCCAGCCACCCUCCUGUGUGCUGCAUUAUUAUAAUGUUCCACUGUGUGUCACAGAAGAGACCUUCACAAAGUUGUGUAACGACCACGAGGUCCUCCCAUUCAUCAAAUACAAAGUGUUCGACGCGAAAGCUUCUGCUAAAACCCUCUCGGGGCUGUUGGAGUGGAAAUGCAAGACUGACGCCGUGGAAGCCCUCACUGCACUCAACCACUACCAGAUCCGAGUCCCAAAUGGCUCCAACCCCUAUACAUUGAAGCUUUGCUUUUCUACAUCAUCCCAUUUAUAAGAAGAGAAGAGCAUGUUAGAUUUACGUUCAUCUUUAUUACAGUUUUAAAGCUAUACUUCAUUAAAAAUAUUCUAAAAUGGUUGAUCUAAUGUUGCCUUGCUUACUAUAAGAUCCUGUUCUGUAAUAAACAUAUUUUGCCUCAAGUAAAUUUGUUGUUAACUUAAAUAUUGUUUUCAUCUUAAGAUAGAAUACCAUAACGUAGACUGUCUACAGCUUCAUUGUAGAUUUUUACAAACGUAUGAUUUCUAACAUUAUUACAAAUUUUGUUCCGUGGUAAAAUAUAUUUGCAUUCUUAGUGCUGAUUUGUUGCAAAUGUUUUCCCAUUGUGUUUGAGAUUAAUGCAGGUGAAAGUAUUGCGUUUUAAUACAGAAUUCCGACAAUAGAAGAUUGAAUGUUAUAGUUACUCAUUGAACAUAAUUUGUAUUUAUUAUUUUAAACAAAUUUGAGAAUGAUAUUGCAUUUGUUGACUUUCCAGAAGUACAGAUUUAGCUGAUUUCAAUUUCUAAAAGGCUUCAUAGACAUGAACACACUUGUACGGUAUGCAUUCAAACUCAACUUGGUGUGUUUCUUUUCAAAAGUCAUCAUCCAUUUGUAUUGACAUGUUUCUGUUUUAGUUCCAUUUUGGAGGUUUUAUAAAGUUAUAAUAAUAAGUUAAUGUGUUCAUCUUCAUUAUUUUGCAUGUGACCCAGUCUUAAAAGUACAUGUAGUAUUUGACAUUGAUAUUUUAAUACUAUAGAGGUUAAAAUUAAUAAUAAUUCCUCUUCUAUAUAAUAAUUUGGGUCCCAUAGAUGGGUUUCAGAGAACUUGUUAGCCCUCCCAAAAUUGUGUGUAGAAUUUGGGAUAUUUGCAUUUUUAUUUCUUAAUCUUUGAUCCAUCAUAAUAUAUGUAUUUUUCUAUAUGGUGUAAGAUUUAAGAAUUUUAUUUUUGAUCAAACAGCUAUUUGUCUCAACACCAUUUAUUAAACAUUCUCCCUCUGGA